AUGGUUGCCUUUCUUGACCUCCCGCUCGAGCUUCUCCCGCUAAUAAUACAGCAUCUCGUGCGGCCCAGUCACAUAGCCGCGGUGUGUCUGGUAAACAGGACGUUCUAUGACUUCGCGAUCUCGCAUUUGUACAAGCGCGUCUUUGUCUAUGCGUGGCACAAAGAGGCGAAACUAAGGGUGAUCAAACUAUUCACCACGUUAGCCGAACAUCCGCAUCUCGCUCAACACGUCUAUCAGCUUGAAAUCCGGGAUUUCCCCAAAGCAUUGAACGCGGCUGAUUAUGAGACAGUUGAGAACAUAUGCCUUGUCGGCAUACGUAAUUGUAGGAACCUACGUGUUUGCACAUGGACUCGAGACGGCUCCUUGACGACCAACAUACUGGAGGCCUUGCAGCAGUGCCCGGCGUUACAAGAGCUAGAAAUCAAUGGUCACAACGAGGGGAACUAUAAACCCUGGCUGCUGACCAAAUUCCACAGCCUGCGCCGCAUCUCCCUCAUUAUGCCUAGUGCAUCGGUAAUUGAGACACUUCCUACGUGGUUGCAAAAUACAGGAAUUACUGUGCGCCAUCUAAGUCUCAUCUGCAAGGUCAGUACGGUUGUAAACGACGGUCUUCUUGAGUCGCUUGUGCCCUUCUUGCCGAAUCUCGAGCACCUGUACUUCGUCAACUGUAUCAAAGUCACCGAUCGCGGACUUGUUGCCCUCUUGUCCCAGAAUGUCAUCGGCCUGCGAGGAUUGGGUUUAGAGGGUGUUUCCCCUCAAUUCGACAUGAGAGAAUUUAGCCAGACGUGUACCCGAUCAGGCACGAUGAACCGGCUGCAAUCAAUUACUCUCACCAUCAGCGCUCACUUGUCACCAACCUGGGAAGUGGACGUCGUUGAGCUUUUAAAGCCUGCUCCACUAGAGCGAUUUCAUGUUUCGACUACGGGGGGAACAGUGGGCAACACAUUGAAUGAUGCAUUUUGUGCGCAGAUCGUUGAUAUACAUGGCUCUCGUCUGCGCCGUUUCUCCGUCCAUCGCAUGCGCAUGAGUGUGGCUGCGAUCGAGGAUAUAUGCCGGCGAUGUGUACAGUUGGAGCAGCUAUUUAUCGUGGUCGAUCAGCACAAACUCGAAGCGAUCGGGCCCGCUCUGGCUCUGGCCCGCAACCUGCGCUCGGUGCACAUAAACCGCCCUCUGGAUUUGGGCUCCGAAGACAUCCCGGUGCUCGCGCGUGAACGUAUCCUGGAGAUCGUGAAGCAAUGCGGCCCUAACCUCAGGCAGUUCGGGUACAACACGCGCGUACUACAAGUCGAGCGUGUGGUACACUCCGUUGGCGUCGAUGUGCGGCUCGGAUCGUACGAAAACCCGGAGGUUCCAGAGCAGUUCCUUGUAGUUCGGACGUAA